AUGGCUUCCAGAGGGACGGUGUAUUCGAAACGAAUAGCAUUAUUAGCAAGUAGAAUCUUCGGAGAUACUUCAUCCGCCUACCCUCCUCCAAAAGUUGUUCGAGUGAUGAGCGAACUGCCUGAAGCAAUAAAAAUCCGAGAUUGGUAUCCCCCUCUUGAAGAAUAUUCUGAAAUCCUUGCCACCUUGCGUCAGGUUGGUCUUUUCCGAGAUGAGCAUGCCGACUUCAGAGAUGAAAUGGAUCGUCUACGGGCUCUUAGAGGCAAAAAGAAGUGGGUCAAGGGCAAGAGGAUUGACUAUUUUCCUUGA